GACCCUGAUGGCCCCCUCCUCCAGAGCGCUCCCAUCACCAUUGGGCGGUAGCAGCUUCCCAGGCAGCCUGAGCAGCUUGUGCGCAUGUUUUCAUAUAGACUAACGGGGCAGGUUUUCAUCAUCAUUGCAUGGGGCUGAUGUUCAGUGGUAGGACGCGACUGUUCGCAAAAUAAAACCAAAACAAGACAAAGGCUUCUGAUCGGACAAAUCGACAAAUUCAGGCGACAUCAUGAGCAAAGUGCAAGGCGGGAUGAAAUGCGUGAAAUAUCUGCUCUUCGCCUUCAACUUCAUCUUCUGGUUGUCGGGCUUGUUGGUGCUGGCUGUGGGUCUGUGGCUGAGGCUUGACCCGAACACAGUGAAGCUCCUGACAGGCGAUGGCGCUCCUGACACCUUCUUCAUCGCUGUUUACAUCCUUCUUGGUGCAGGAGGCCUGAUGAUGGUCGUCGGGUUCUUUGGUUGUUUUGGUGCCAUACGGGAGUCUCAGUGUCUUCUUGCAUCGUUCUUUGCCUGUCUUCUGAUAAUCUUUGGAGCAGAGAUCACUGCUGGUGUGUUUGGAUUCUUGAACAAAGAACAGAUUGCUGAGGAAAUCCAGAAGUUUUAUAGCGACUCCAUUGCUGAUAAUAACAUUAAUGGCACUGCCAUAGCACUAAUUUAUCACAAAACUCUGAAUUGCUGUGGAGCUACCAAUUUUGAGAAAAAUCCAGAAUUAUGCCCAGACCAAACAGAGGACAAGGACUGUCAUACUGCAAUAUUAAACUUCUUCGAUGAAAAGCUGUUCAUCAUUGGAUAUAUAGGGAUUGGCAUCGCUGGAGUAAUGAUUAUUGGAAUGAUCUUCAGCAUGGUCCUGUGUUGUGCGAUCAGGAACAGCAGAGAAGUUAUAUAGUUGGGGUUAUGACUCCCUCACACACACACACACACACACACACUCACACAACAACAACUGGACCCCCACACAUGCGUACAACCCUUUAUAAUCAUUGUAUCCGUAUGGGUAGAGCAGCACCAUGGUUGCAUGUCUGUGACAUUCCUUUUAGAUUAGACUGGAGAGGUGGGGAGGUUAACUGCCCAAACUGCAUUCAACACGACACGCUGGAUCAUUUCAAAGCUUCUCCCCGUGACUUUACCAGCCCAGGAACACUGAUUUAUUACUGUUAUUUUCCAUUCUUAAUGCUUUGCUUUUUAGCAUGACGUUGUGACACUCCCUGCUAUUAACAUGUUUUUGUUAGAUGGUGCUCUGCAGAGUUUGUCAUACUGAACUGUAGCUACAACACAAUACAUAAGGCCUUCUAUGACACAAGAAUGUUUAUGAUGGAGGAGUAUUGCUGUAAAUAUGAACUAUUUUACACAUUUGCAGUCAACACUAUUUAUCAGGUCCAUCUAUUUGCAAAGUUUCUCAUCAAACUUUGUGUGAUUAAGAGUUUUGAGGACUAGCCUACCUUUGCAGAGUGAGUUUCCAUUGUGUGCCUAUUUGAACCUUUUAAGUUAUAGUCUAACCUGCAACUACAGGAUAACGUGUGCAAUUUUACAUAUAUUUAACAUGUACAUAACAACUGUGCUUGUUCUCUGCCUCCACUUUCAAGUAUUUCUACUGUACAGCACGAAUGAAAACUCAAAUUGUUAGGGAGGUCUGAUGAAGAACUGCCCCUUUUGUAAAUCUACAAAUUUUUCUGAGGUCAGUAAUGUGUUGCGCUGGGCUCUUCUUGAGCACAUUUAAACUGUAACAGUAAACUAGUUUGCAUUUUGUGGGAAUUUCUGUGGAUGUAAAUUUUGUUUGUGUGCCAAUAAGAUGUGAAAUAGAAAAUAAUACAGUCUGUUGUUCUGUUAAUGAUAAUUAAACAUACUGGGUGCUCAUA